UUGAAACAGUUGUUAAAGAGAAAGUCGAUCUCCCGACAUUUCAACAUAAAGAUGGCUUCUUUGAGAGCCUCAAAAACGUUGGACUUCCUAAGGAAUCUAAAAAGAUUGGAUAUAGCACAGCUUGGAAUAUGCGGAUCUGGAAGAAGAAAGUUAUCAAAUUAUGCCAAACAGCCAAUCGACAAGAUAGUGAUUGCCAACCGUGGAGAGAUUGCGUGUCGUAUAAUGCACACGGCGAAGAGACUGGGAAUUAGAACAGUGGCUGUGUACAGUGAGGCCGAUCACAAUGCCCUGCAUGUCCACUUGGCUGAUGAGGCUUAUUGUAUUGGACCCCCUGCAGCCAGUGAGAGUUAUCUUCGUCAAAAUACCAUCAUCGAGGUCGCCAAACAUGCUGGGGCACAGGCUAUUCACCCUGGCUACGGUUUCCUGUCCGAAAACACAGACUUUGCAGAAUUAUGUGAGAAAGAAGGAGUCAUAUUUGUAGGACCCCCUGCAUCUGCCAUCAGAGAUAUGGGCAUCAAAAGCACUUCAAAAUCCAUAAUGUCAGCUGCUGGGGUGCCUAUAAUUGAAGGUUACCAUGGUGAUGACCAAUCAGUGGACAGACUGAAACAGGAAGCUGCUCGGAUUGGUUAUCCAGUAAUGAUUAAAGCUGUCCGAGGUGGAGGUGGCAAGGGUAUGCGAAUAGUGAUGACAGAGGCCGAGUUUAACACACAGCUGGAAUCAGCACAGUCAGAAGCCAUGAAGUCAUUUGGAGAUGAUGUCAUGUUGAUAGAAAAAUAUGUGGACACGCCCAGGCAUGUAGAGGUUCAGGUGUUUGGUGAUAAACAUGGAAACUAUGUUUAUUUGUUUGAACGAGACUGCAGCGUACAGAGACGACAUCAGAAAAUUAUAGAGGAAGCCCCAGCUCCAGGAAUUACAGAAGAAGUUCGCAGGUCACUGGGAACAGCAGCUGUUAGGGCGGCCCAGGCUGUCAACUAUGUGGGAGCUGGUACUGUGGAGUUCAUCAUGGACAAGGAUCACAAGUUCUUCUUCAUGGAGAUGAACACACGACUCCAAGUUGAACAUCCGGUUACCGAGAUGAUAACCGGAACUGACCUGGUUGAGUGGCAGAUCCGGGUUGCGAGUGGUGAAACAUUACCUCUAAAGCAAGACGAAAUAAAGUUGACAGGUCAUGCAUUUGAAGCAAGAAUCUAUGCAGAAGAUCCGAACAAUAGUUUUAUGCCUGGGGCGGGUCCUUUGGUACACCUGUCCACACCUGAGGCCGAGCCAGGUGUGAGGAUUGAGACAGGUGUUAGACAAGGUGAUGAUGUGUCAGUUCAUUACGAUCCUAUGAUAGCUAAACUUGUGGUUUGGUCCUCAGACCGGCAGUCUGCAUUAAAGAAAACAGUAUCAGCAUUGCGAGACUAUCAGGUUGUGGGACUGAAAACAAACAUCGAGUUCUUGGUGGACCUAGCAAAACACCCACAAUUCCAAGCAGGAAAUGUGAACACGGACUUCAUCCCUCAGUAUUACGACGAUCUCUUCCCACCCAAAAUAAUGUCAGACAAUGUCAUUUGUCAUGCGGCUGUCGGACUGGUCCUCUGGCAACAAGAGAAACUAAUAACACAAAACCAGUUCACUGAAGAUCCAUUUUCUCCAUUCACCUGGUGUGCUGGCCACCGUAUUAACGAGAUAAUGACAAGGAAGUUGAGACUUUAUGAUGGAGAUACAGAGAUCAAUGUGGAGGUGUCUAACAAUGGCAGCCGUAGUUUCCUGGUCCGGGUUGGUGACGCACAGUACACAGUGUUAGGUCAGUGUGAUCAAACACCCAAGGGUCUGACGCUGACCUGUACCAUUGAUGGUGUCCAGUCCACUACGUCCAUGGUCAGACAGCACAACUCGCUUCAUCUUUUUACCUUGAAUGGAAGUCACGAACUGACGCUUCCCGUGCCCAAGUUUCUCACCCCGGAGGCCAGUAGUGGAGCAGCCAGUGAUGCGGUGGCCCCCAUGCCUGGCGUUGUGGAGAAGAUCUUUGUCCAGGAGGGGUCUGAGGUUGAAGCUGGGGAUCCUCUGGUGUCUAUGAUCGCCAUGAAGAUGGAGUAUAUAAUCCGGGCACCACGGCCUGGCACUGUGGAGAAAAUUCUGUUUCGAGAGGGAGCAUCUGUCAUGAAGGGUUCACAUCUAGUCCACUUCACACAAACUGAAGACCCGGAGGAGGAAGCAGAAUCAAGCUAACUGAGAAGAAAGAACGUAAUUCACCGAGUGAGCUUGAGGAACAGACAUUAGUACACUGAACAAACAGGAUAAUAAAAAUGGUGCAGAGCAAUUAGGAUGUUCAGGUUAUCUCACCGAGUAGACAUGCUUAUGGAAUUGAGCUUGUUGAGCAAGCAGGAUUAUUAUGAUUUAGCUUUUGAGCAAGUAAGGAUCAUCAGUUUACCUCAGUAAGAAGACAGGAUUAUUAAAUUACCUCACUAACGGGAUUUUGAGAAUUGAGCAAGCAGAAUUAUUAAAUUACAUCACUGAGUAGACAGGAUUUUUAGAAUUGCGCAAGCAGGAUUAUUAAAUUACAUCACUGAGUAGACAGGAUUUUUAGAAUUGAGCAAGCAGGAUUAUUAAAUUACAUCACUGAGUAGACAGGAUUUUCAGAAUUGAGCAAGCAGAAUCAGACAAAAUUUGGCUAAUUGAGAAAGCAUUAUUGUCAGAAUUGGAAAUUAGCCCCUCUAAUAAGCUGAUCAUCAGCAUUUAGCUCACUGAACAAGUAGUUAUUAGAAUUUAUCUUUGAAAGUAAGCAGGAUGUUUGACUUGAAUUACAGAACAGGUUCAUCAGAAUUUAUCUCGGUGAACAUGCAUUAUUUUGAGAUUAUGAUUAUUUCCAGAAAGCAGACAUUUGUGGUGAAACUUUAGAUGGGUGAAUUGUUAACUAUAGCUGAGUGUAUUCACUUGGCAUUGUGCAGACCCACACCCAUGAAAUUACCUCAUAACUCAUAUAUAUAUAUAUAUAUAUAUAUAUAGAUAUAUAGAUAGAUAGAUAGAUAGAUAGAU